AUGGUAAAUGGGCGAAGGAUCGAGUACAAGAAGGUCAUCGAAUCGAUCGCCGGCCCCACGCACCUCGCGUCUACUCGUUUUCGCGCUCCUCAACACACUACAACUGUUUAUGAAUGGACUUCGAUCUCACAUGGGAGGUCAUUUUGAUCUUACUUUUUUGAAAGUUCUCUGAAGUUUUCUCAAAAACGUUAUUGGAGGUGCAGAUGAUCAUCGCUCAUCACCGUUCCCUACACACACUUUUUAGUUUUUUUAAGAUAUGAUGAAAUUGUGAGCCUUCCGUUUUCAUCCCUGAAUCAAGAAUGAAUCAGGACCUUAAGAGCAGCGCAGUCUUCAAAAGGACAUCGCAAGGCUCGGUCCUUUUUUUUAAAGAUAGUUUUCUAGUUUAUCUUUUCAAAAUAAUCUGAUGCGAAAAAAGUUUUGAUGUCGAGGUUGACGUUUUUCACAAUUUUCCAACAUUAUUUUCAUAAGAUUUCCGCCAUGAUUACAAUGUGAACUUUCUAUUAGCGAUUCGAGCGCUGGCCGUGCUCUUCGAAGGUGAGCGCAAUCAUAUUAAUGAAAAACUUUAAAUUAAAAAUCUGGACAAAGCAUUUUUUUUUUUUUAGAAAACAAAAACUAUUUUGGAAAAAAGGUGAGUAGACGGUUUCCGCAGGUAAAUUCCCUAUAAUGGGUUAAAAUCGUUGUUGAUCUCAGAAUAAGUAGAAGUUAUACGAAAAUAAAAGUGAGUGAAAGUGAUAUCGAGAGUUUUUGGGAAGUCACAGCCGGCGGCCGUUUCUCUUGGCCUGAUGACCUGAAUUCGAGGUCGUACGGCCCGACGCCCACACACGUACUGACUCUGGGGCUAUUGUUGGUUUUCGACAAUCGAUCUGUCUUCUUCUUUUUAAGCUUUUUCUCAUCGCAAAGCACUGCUGUAGGUGACCGUAGGACUUUCGCGCAAAAAAAAAACCACAUCUCUGUGGACGCUGAUGCCCUUCGCUUUGGGGUUUGCUUUUUUUUUGGGUUGAUGCGUCAUAUUUGGUGAUGUAGAGCCGAAAGAAACUCGAGUGGAACAAAACUUUCUAUCGGAUUCAACUCUGGAUCCAUUUGUGCUUGAUAUCCUUGAAGACAAUAAUUAUCAAAGUUCUCAGCUUUUGAUACCUCGACAUGAAUUCUUCAAAAUAACAUGAUAUGAUAACACGUUUUCUGUUGAUGAAUAAUUCGUUUUCCAUAAACGAAUGAAGCGAAUAGUUUAGAAAUGAUAAUUGCUCAAAUAUUAAAUCAUCAAACUUUUGAUUUUUCUCGAUGUGGAACUUGAAAACUUUUUUUCAAAACCUCAUAUUUGAAUCUUUAGAACUCAGAAAAGGACGAUAUGCUACAAAAAGUUGCAUCCGAGGUCAUCCAACGAAGACAAUAGAUUGCACAGAUCAAAGGGAAGGAUAAGAAGGGAGAUUUAAUCAAUCUCUUAAAAAGAGAGGAGCUUCUAUGGGAGGUCGGGUUGAACGAAAGCUUCAAAGCAAAUAAACGCACUUCGUAGAGUUGAGAUCUGCAGAUUCGAUCUCAAAAACCUUUUCAUGAUGGGAAUCGACCACAUCAGUGUCAAAAGAGUAAAUAUACAAAAAAUUUUGAAAAAAAUGGCUAACCGACAAAAGUGAGACCGUAGUAGGUGAAAAACUGGAAACGAACAAGAAGAAGUUGUUGUUUGGGUGCUCCAGGUAGAGAGAAAGAGUGUGGGCAAUAAAAAUGGGAUGCAGAGUGAAUACAGGCAGAUCCGUCCGCAGUAUAAACCCAAGUACAUUGUUUCGAGGCCGCGGCCUUGCCCUCAACGCCAGGUCUCACGGUUCGUCUGCCAGACCUCCCAGGUAGCUUUUUUCGCUUCUGUUCAGAACGGACCAGCUGCUUUGAAACGGUUCAACGUUUCUUUUCAAGAAAUAUAAAAUGUAGAAUGAAAGUAUACGAUCUUUUUCGAUAACUUUUUUCUUUUAAAAGAAAGUGAAAAUUAAACUGGAAGCUGAAAGUUCUUAUGAGUUCAUAAUGAAAAAGAAAAACAGUUCUGAGAGUCAUAAAAACCUUGAAACUCUUAAUACUAAAACAGCCGAAAAAAAUUGAAAUUUUUCGCUGGAAGCUAUUAUUUUUUUAUCAUUUCAUGAUUAAAAACGACUAAAUAAAUCUGACUGUUCAUUUUUUUAAAGAUACCAAUCCAAAAUUUACAAAAUGAAAACCCGAGAAAAGCUUACAGUUGGCUUCUUUGAUUGUUUUGAUCAAGGUCAAAGAAAAAACCGAAAAACUUGUAAAUACAAUUGAUCGGAUAAGGUGGCUAAUUCAUCUCUCCAAACAUGGUGCUUCCACUACUCGAAAAGAUUAGCAAGAAAGCGGAUUUUAUUCGAUUACUAAUAGUAUCGAAAUGUCGAAAAAGAUGAACUGAAAGAAGUUAGGAACGAAGGAACCGGAGUAACGAGUUGAGGGUGGGAUGAGAAGCGAAGACGGCGGCCAUAUGCCGAGUUCAUAUGGUUCCGCGCGUGUCUUUCUUCUUCUUCUGCUCCUUCAAAACCACGGAUCCCUAAUAAAUCGAUCACCCUGCUAGUAAGCCGCAGCCGAAUUCGAAACGAGUAAAGGAUCUCAAAGAUGAGAGUUUUGAUUUUGUACGCAGAGUUGGGCGCAAGGAAAAGAAGAGGCGAGCGGAAGAGUUGAUUUGAAUAAUCGAGCACAUGGCGUCGUCCAACAAACUGCUCACAACUGCUCAGUUUCGAGUAUUUACGGGCGCCGGUUAUUGUUGGACGAGUGGCCCCAAGGAUUCGAUUAG